AUGGGCUCUGUCGAUAUUGCCCUAAACGUGAUAAUUGUUGGAGCAGGGUUUGGCGGCCUAGCCGCAGCGAUAGAAUGCCGAGAGCGGGGCAUGAAUGUUGUCAUCAUAGAGCGCUAUAGCGAUUCCAACAGCGCCGGAGAUAUUAUUGACUUCUUCCCGAAUGGAGGUAAAAUCGUGAAACGAUGGGAGGGUGGAAACGUAGGGAAAGAAUUACACGAGAUUGGUGCCGACAAAAUCGACGUCAUGGAACUGCGAAAGUUCGAUGGGACCCUAAUCUCGAAUAUCCCCUGGGCUAUAAACCAGGAACAUCGAGACACAACCUACGCAGGCCACAGGGGCAAUCUACAUGGCUGUUUCUUUCGAUGUGUCCAACGUUUGGGCGCAACCAUUGUUCUCGGCCAAUCUGUAAAGGAAUACAUGGAGAAAGAUGACGCUGCUGGGGUCCGACUAGCAGAUGGACAGGAAUUUUGGGGGGACCUGGUGGUUGCCGCAGAUGGUGGCCGGUCAAUCGCCAGGCAGCAAGUCCUCGGUUUGGGCGAUGAAAAGGAAGGAAGUGGCUGGGCUAUCUUCCGCACUUUUUUCGAUUCUACUGAGAAACAGCGCAGUCAUCCUGAUCUCAAAGAAUUCAUGAGAACGGAAAAGGACAACGUCAGAGUGUGGAUGAGCGACCACCUCAGUAUGCUGGCUUAUUCCUGGAACAAUGCGGAGCAAGUCGCGUGGGUUCUCAUGCAUCCCGAUGAUAAUGACAUCCCCGAGUCCUGGUCCCUUGGGGCGGCAAAGGAAGAUAUGCUCCCGUGGAUCAAAGAAUUCACAUCGCCUGAAGCGCAAGCGCUAUUCGAAAUUACUCCGGUCGGAAGAACGAUCGAUUUCAAACUAGUGUAUCGCCCGCCUUUGGAGAAAUGGACAAGCAAGAACGGCCGUAUCAUUCUUAUAGGCGAUGCAGCUCAUUGCAACCUCCCGACUGCGGGUCAAGGAGGAUCUCAAGCCAUUGAAGAUGCACUUACGUUGGCUUAUUGCUUGCAGCAUUGCAAUCGAGAUGUUCCAUUAGCAACCGAAAUCACCCAGCGUAUUCGUUACCAUCGAUCCAAUGAGGUUCAUAAGAGUGGCAAACUUACGAGGGAUUCGUUCCAUAAGGUUUCUUGGGAUGAGAUCAUGCAGGAUCCUAAGAGAUGGGGCCAGAAAAGAUUCCCGCAUUUGCGUCCCCACGAUGCCCUUGAAACGGUAAGCUCUCAAUUUGAAGUUAUCAAGCAGGAGAUCGAGAGCGGAAAGAAUGGCUCGUUGGAUGAAGUUGCUAUGCCCCUUCCACCGGGCGGGAUCUUUAUGACGGGAGACCACUGA